UUUAUCUUCCCAUUUAUUUUGACAUAUAUGACUGGAUCCAAACAGAAACAUUACAGAAAUAACUAUAAAGUAAAGUCACAUAGAGGUGGUAAAGGCAAGCAUGGAUAUAAGGCACAACAUUUACAGCACUUCAACGGCAUCUCCACUGAAACUGUUACAGAAGCUGAUAUUGAUCGACAACUAUUACAAACACCUUCCUUUGCUCAUUUGGAUAUUGGUAGCGACUGUGAACAAGAUCCUGAUGAUGAUAGACCAAGUUUUCAUUCAUGGCACUCUAAUCGACCUACUUUCGGUUUAGGCUACCGCUCUUCUGUUGGGAAUAACGUACAACAACCAUUAGAACCUGACGAUAACACUGGAUUUUUUUAUGAUGAUACACCGUCCACUAUUCAAUUCACUAGAGCAACCAUGGUUGUCAAUGAUCAACAAGAAGAAACACAAAUAGUAGAAGAGAGUGAAACUUGGAAUACUAAUCAACCCUCUCAAGCACCAGAUAAUAUACUCCUCGAUACCAAGAGAAAUCGAAAACACAAGAAAAAAGUAAAGCAAGCCAACAAGAUUAUUCCUGGUGACGAUAUACAUAUCUCCUGUAGUGAUGACGAUGAAUUAAGUCAUAGUAGCAAAUGGGAUAAGGAUAAUCAAGCUGCUAUUGAUCAAGAUUUUAUGGAAAAUACGGAUUCUGAUACCUGGCAAGCAUUACAACAAUGGGCAAUAUCACGACCUGUGGACGAUCAACAAGCAGGAAGAUUAGAUGAUCAUCUUUCAACUGACGAAGAAGAUAAUGAUCAUCAACGGAAAACUAUAUUAUCUCAAGUGGAUGAUGACGAGGACUUAUGUGACUUUGGACUAGAAGACUCGGAUGAUGAUGAAUACCUUAAGCGAUAUGCGGCAGAACAAGAGUAUCAACAACAUAUGGCUCAACAAAUGCAUUAUACAAUUCAAAAUACAAUGGCAGCAAUACCUCCUAGUUUACAUGCAGGCAUGCAGGGAUAUCUCCAUUACAAUCAACAGUAUACGCAUCCUCAUCGACAGCAGACUUAUCCCAAUUUACGAUGGACAAACAGUAUGGAUAAAAAUUCAAUAUCAGGACAAUUAAGAAGGGUUGAUACUCGUAUACAGCUCUUUUUGUCUGAUCAAUCAAGAACGACAUACCAAUUACCUGGGAUGUCUACCUAUUGUCGACGAUUGGUGCAAGGAUUGGCAACUCAAUAUGGACUUAAGCUUUCACAUGAACCUGUUGGAGACAAGAUUGGACCAUUACUUCGAAAAGGACCAAAAUCACAUUUACCUUAUGAUCGGCGAACAAUAGAAAAACACAUCAAUAAAAAACGAACACCAGCUAAAGCCAAGAAACAAAUGGAACGUAAACCUGAUCUACCGGCAACAGAAAAACGUACCAGAAUACGCAAAGGAAAACAUGGUACGGUGGUUGGAUCGGACGCAGCUCCUCUGGCUUCAAACAAUAUUGGACACAAGAUGCUAGCAGCCAUGGGAUGGAAAGAAGGAGACGCUCUUGGUGCCAACAAGGAUGGUAUAGCGGAUCCUAUUCAAGCAGUGAUUCGGGAUAAGCGUCGUGGUUUAGGUGCUUAGUAUCAUAAUAGUUAGUUUGUUUUUUUUUUUUAAAUUAGAAAUUCAAUCCUUUAUCUCAUUUUAUUUGAAUAAAUCCUAUAUUACAUUU